AUGCCGAGGCCGCAAAUAAUCAGGGCCGAUACCAUCGACCUGCAAGAUCAACAAGCCCCGUCUGCGAAAGACCAUGGUUCGUAUGCGCCCCGAGGCGCCAACGGUAACGGUUCUACGCACCACAAUCAAUCGUUGCGUCAUGCGGAGCAACAGGCCAAGGGGGAUUUGUCCACCAGCCCUCGAGUCUCCUUGGACCAGUACGAUGAUGACGAUGAGCACAGCCAGAUUGAUAUAGCCUAUGACGGAACAGAUGAAUUAGUGUCAGAACUCUCGCAUUCUCGCGACGGCGAAAAUGGGCACUAUGAAUCUGGGGGCGAGGGGGAUAUGGACGGUGAUGAGGGGGACGACAUGCUAGAUGAUGAUAUGAUGGAUAAAAUUUCGUCGUCUCCGUCCAUCGAUGACGAGGACAUUGAUUUCGAGUUUGUUUACGCACUGCACACGUUCGUUGCGACCGUUGAAGGACAAGCCAAUGCCACCAAAGGUGAUACUAUGGUUCUUCUUGACGACAGCAACAGUUACUGGUGGCUUGUCCGUGUUGUAAGGGAUGGUAGCAUUGGGUACUUGCCUGCCGAACACAUCGAAACGCCUACGGAAAGACUGGCAAGAUUGAACAAGCACCGGAAUGUCGAUCUUUCUUCUAUGAUGCUUGGGGAUAACCCGGAGAAAUCCAAGAAUCCCCUCAAAAAGGCGAUGCGCCGCCGCAACGCUAAAACAGUCACUUUCGCGUCACCCACGUUCUUUGAAGCCUCUGACAUCGAUUAUUCUACUGAGGAAGACGAAGAAGAAGAGGAGGAGGAAGAAGGCGAAGGCGAUGAGGGAGCUGAGGAAGAAGGGGCCAGACGAACUGAGCCUGACACUAUCCAGGACGAAAUUCAUGACGACGAUAUUGUUGUGGAGCCUCUAAAGCCGAAGUCUAUUAAAGAGAAAGCGCCCCGAGAACUCAAGGUCGACACCGAAGAAAUUCAAGCCGACCGUUCAAGUCCUGAGAAGCCUCGUCCGAGCGAUGAAUCGCUGGAGCGAUCAGGCGAAAAUGUCAGUCGGUCGAGGAAUGGUACACUGCGCAACACAGAUUCCUUCUUCAAGGAUGAUACCGCCGAACCCAAGAAGAUUUCUCUCACCCCGAAUCUUCUUCGCGACGACUCUGGUAAUAGCCUGGUCAAAACCGAACCACAAGAGGGACGUGCAAGUCUGGAGUCACUUGAAAAGAACCUCUCUUCUGGAGAAAGGUCUAAACGCAAAGAUAAAAAGCCCGGAAUGCUUAGUGGCCUGUUCAAACGGAAGGACAAGAAGGGCCGAACUUCGGAAGAUGAUGGAGACGAAUUGGAGAAGACGCCAGAAGAGCUAUCGCCUGUUUCUACACAGUCUAAAAUUUCGCUGGAAUCUUUGCGCGACGUUGGCAACACCAAACCCCAGGCAAUACAGAGACAAUCGAGCAAAUUGCAAAAACAACCACCAGCAGAUUUUGUUACAGCCAACCAGCAACCGCGCACCAGCCAGGACACAUCUUCGAGCGUACCCGCGUCUCCUAUCAAAGAAGAUCACGGGCCUUCGAUUCGACGGGUUGUUUCACCCUCGGGUACAGGUGUUGUGGCGCCACUCCAACUGCGGUCUUCUCACGAAACAAAUCCAUCGCCUUUCGAACAGCGAACUCCGGGAAGCGAGAUUUCGUCUCCUGUGAAAACAUCCAAUUCAACCUCGCCCAGGCAAUGGCAGUCUACUAUGUAUGACGAUGAGGACGAAGUUGACGAGAUAGUACCAGUAAAAUUGUCACAGCAACAACAACAACAACAACAACAACAACAACAACCGACACAACAACCAACGCAACCGCCACCACAGCAGAAACCCCCUCAGCCACCUCAGCUGCAACAGCCAAAUGGUACUCGAGAGAUCCGCCGAAGCCUGUCGGAGUCUCCGGUAGAUGUUUCACCAACGCGUAUUCAACCGCCAGGAUUGACGGUGGAUACGUCGUCUCCAGAGGGGCGUUCUGUUUCACCAUUAUCUUCUGAGCGCUCAUCUCCCGAGCUGAUCGAUGCCGCUGAAGGUAAAGCGGACGAGGCGACACCGGUGUCUACUAUCUCGUCAACAGCUACGGCUACAUGGAGCGACGCAGGCUUGCGUACAUAUCUUGAGGACGGAAGUGACAUCAAAGACCUCCUCAUUAUCGUCCAUGACAACUCCAAUGUCCAACCUGCGGGCCCUGAUCACCCCAUCACAGGCAGCCUAUUCAAGCAUGAAAGCAAACGCCUCAAGGAGAUGACGGGACAGCUAGAUGAUUUGCUCUCUGGCUGGGUCACUCGAAAAUCAGACCGACGCCCUAGCAGCAAGGUUUGA